CAGACCAAGGACGUAACAGCAAGUGAAAAGCAUCGCUGCUUCCGGGCCCCGCCCCGCUUCGCUUCCAUCCUGGAAGAGCCGGUAGCGACCCCACUUCCACCCUUCCUCGAGAUCUAGAGAUACCGUCGUUCGAAGAAGAGAGGAGGAGAUCGCCAACAAUGGGGGCGAUCGAGACGCUAACGGAGAGGGCGUCGUUCCUCCGGGACUCGCUCCAUAAGAGCCAGACCAUCACCGACAGCAUGGUCUCCAUCCUCGGCUCCUUCGACCAUCGCCUCUCCGCCCUCGAGGCCGCCAUGCGCCCCACUCAGGUGAGAACGCAUGCGGUCCGGGUGGCGCAUGAGAACAUCGACAAGACACUCAAGUCGGCGGAGUUUAUACUGGGCCAAUUCGACCGCACACGGGAGGCGGAAAUCAAAGUGCUGAAGGGACCGCAUGAGGACAUAGAAAGUUAUCUAGAGGCAGUUGAUCAAUUGAGAGUUGUCUUGCGCUUUUUUAACUCAAAUAAAAGCUUCAAGAGCAGUGAUGGAGUACUUAGCAAUGUCAAUAAUUUGCUUGGAAAGGCCAUUCUGAAGCUGGAGGAUGAAUUCAGGGGACUUCUUGCCAAGCACAGCAAACCAGUGGAACCUGAUUGCCUUUUUGAUUGUCUUCCGGAUGCCCUCCGACCAUCAUCAGGGUCACCAGUGCAGCAGGGUGAUGAUGGUGGUAAAAACCCAUCAGGUACCACUAAUUCUGAGCAUCAAGCCAAAAACUCAGAAGCAGCUGUAUACACACCUCCAACUCUCAUUGCUCCUAGGAUAUUGCCUCUGCUGCACAAGUUAGCUCAACAAUUGGUUCAAGCUGGAUACCAACAGCAAUGUUUAAAAAUUUACAGGGAAAUUCGUGCUUCGGCUUUAGAAAAGAGCCUUUCAAGUUUGGGAGUGGAAAAACUCAGUAAAGAUGAGGUGCAGAAGUUGCAGUGGGAGUCCUUAGAGGCCAAAAUUGGCAAUUGGAUUCACUUCAUGCGAAUUGCAGUCAAGCUGCUUUUUGCUGGGGAACGUCAAUUAUGUGAUCAAAUCUUUGAAGGCAUUGCGUCUCUCAAGGAUCAGUGUUUUGCUGAAGUAACUGCAAACAGUGUAGCGGUGCUACUUAGUUUUGGAGAGGCUAUUGCUAAAAGCAAAAGGUCGCCAGAAAAGCUGUUUGUUCUUCUAGACAUGUAUGAAAUAAUGAGGGAACUUCAACCUGAGGUCGAAACAAUAUUUGAGGUCAAAGCUUGUUCUGAAAUGCGAGAAUCUGCAUUGGGUUUGACAAGACACUUGGCUCAAACUGCCAAGGAAACCUUUGGUGAUUUUGAGGAGGCAGUUGAGAAAGAUGCAACAAAAACAACUGUUGCUGAUGGAACUGUCCACCCUUUAACUAGCUAUGUCAUUAAUUAUGUGAAAUUCCUCUUUGACUAUCAAACAACACUGAAGCAGCUUUUCCAGGACUUUAAACCUGGGGAUGAUUCAAACUCCGAACUGGCAUCUGUAACAAUGCAUAUUAUGCAAGCUCUUCAGACUAAUUUGGAUGGAAAAUCAAAGCAGUACAAGGAUCCUGCUUUGAUGUACCUAUUUCUGAUGAAUAACAUCCACUAUAUGGUCAGAUCUGUGCGCAGAUCAGAAGCAAAGGACUUACUGGGUGAUGACUGGAUUCAAAGGCAUCGAAGGAUUGUGCAGCAAAAUGCAAAUCAGUAUAGAAGGGUUGCUUGGGCGAAGGUAUUGCAGAGCCUCUCUGGUCAAGGUUUGACUUCAUCGGGAGGUAGUAGUGUGGUUGGAAGUGAUGGAGGCACCAGCAGUGGAGUCUCAAGAUCGGCUGUGAAAGAGAGAUUUAAGUCAUUCAACAUGCAGUUUGAGGAGCUCCAUCAAAAGCAGUGUCAAUGGACAGUCCCAGAUCAAGAGUUGCGCGAGUCUUUGAGGCUUGCAGUUGCUGAAGUUCUACUACCUGCAUAUAGGUCUUUUAUUAAACGAUUUGGGCCACUGGUUGAGAAUGGCAAGAAUUCACAGAAGUACAUCAGAUACACUCCAGAAGAUCUUGAGCGAAUGCUUAGUGAAUUUUUUGAGGGAAAGACCCUGAGUGAAACAAGAAGGUGACAGGCAGCGCCACCCCGAGCCUGGACUUUGUAAGGAGGUGUCCUUUGUACAACUCAGGUUCAGAAGUUUUAGAUGUGAUGUGGCAGUUCGUUUGAAGUUCCUAUAAAUAAACCUGUGCUAGAUUUAUAUCCAACAUGCUUGUUCAAAAUGUAUUCAUGUUAUUUGUUAUUGAUGAAACCAUAUUUUGAUGAAGGUUGAUGUGAGGAAGUGUUCUAUUUGAUUUAUUUAGUUCACACGUUUAGCUACUGCAGAUUUGACACUGUUGGGUGGUACCGUGGUACUCAAUUGUUUGAGCCUCUCCUGUGGUUAUCAGAUAUUCAGUGAGAUAUUUGCA